GCCACGACCUGAAAUUAGCACAGACACUUGGGUAAAUGUCUAAAUUGCUGAGCUACAGCACAAGCUCGUAAGAAGUUCCAUAUAAAAGAGCUGAGAUAUUGAACAUGGCGAAAAAGGACAAAAAAUCGAAGGAAGCGGAGAAGAAAGCGCGGAAGGCUAAGUCUCAAGAAAAAAAGAGCGCAAAGACGGACAAGAAACUGAAAGUAAAGGGCAAGUUGGACGAGGACAGUGAUGUUGAGGAUGUUGAUCUCGAUGCCGUGUUGGCAGAAUACGCACGCCAACAGGAGCAAUUUCUGAAAGUUACGGAAACCGUAUCCGAGCCACCGACGCCUCGAGGAAGUGCGACUUUGAUUGGAUCGCCUUCAAAUGAUAAUGAACUCUUCUUGUUUGGAGGAGAAUACUUCAAUGGAGCACUUGCAACAUUCUACAACGACUUGUUUAUCUAUAAUAUCAACCGCGAUGAGUGGCGGAAAGUCACGUCGCCAAACUCUCCUUUGCCUAGGAGUGGUCAUGCCUGGUGUCGGGGUGGUAAUGCUGGAGGUAUCUAUUUGUUUGGAGGAGAAUUUUCUUCUCCAAAACAAGGCACAUUCUACCACUAUAAUGACUUUUGGCGAUUGGAUCCUUCUUCGCGUGAGUGGACACGACUAGAAGGAAAAGGCAAAGGUCCACCAGCUAGAUCCGGACAUCGGCUGACAUAUUUCAAAAAUUACAUUAUAUUAUUUGGGGGCUUCCAAGACACAAGCCAAAGCACGAAAUAUCUAAACGACCUAUGGAUUUACGAUUGCAACACUUUUACUUGGCACGAGCCCAAGUUGCCUCCUGCGACUGGCAAGCCCGAUCCGCGCUCUAGUUUUACAUUACUGCCUCACGAAAAUGGCGCUGUUCUCUUUGGAGGAUAUUCUAGAGUGAAAACAACGGUCAAUGCUGGCAAUAAAGGGAUCAAAGGUGGCACUCGAGUCACUUCAAAACCUGUUAUUCACCAAGAUACCUGGUUUCUUCGUAUCACACCACCUGCCAGCGAGGCCCCUCCAGGUAGUCUUCCAGCAGUUAGAUGGGAGCGGCGCAAGCGGCCUGCAAACGCGCCAAAUCCUACGAGAGCCGGCGCAACCAUGUGCCUGCACAAAGGCCGAGGGAUCCAAUUUGGCGGCGUACACGACGUCGAAGAGAGCGAAGAAGGCAUCGAAAGCGAGUUCUUCAACGAAAUGUUCGCUUGGAACGUGGAGAGAAAUAGAUUUUUCCCACUCGCGUUGAGACGACCCCGAGCGGCUCCAAAAAGAGCGGCACCAGAACGGAGUCGGCGAGAGCGGGGGCGACAGGCGGAAGAAGAUUUGUUAGCAAAUUUGCGAAAUUUAGAGAUGAAAGCAGGAGCAGCACAAGAAGAUAUUGAAACCUCAAAGGCUGCUGCUGAAGACGAUGGAGAUGAAAGGCCUGAAAAACCUGUUAUGUUCGAGAUGCCCAAUCCACGUUUUAAUGCGCAACUUGCGGUUCAAGGCGAUACGUUGUUCCUGUAUGGCGGAACGUUCGAGAAAGGCGACCGUGAGUAUACAUUCGAUGAGAUGUGGGCUAUCGAUCUCGGCAAGCUCGAUGGGGUCCGCGAAAUAUUCAAGCGUGAACUUGAAGACUGGCAAGGCAGCGAAAGUGGAGAGAGCGAUGAUGACGAAGACGACGAGGAGGAUGAAGAUGAAGAUGCUGAUGACGAGUUGAAUGGAAACGAGGUCACAGAGGCGCGCACAGCUACUAACGAGGUAUCCACCUCGACGUCACAACUAAGCGGACAAGAAGAAGAUGAGACCGAAGAAAUCACUGAGCGUAACGACGGGUUACCAUAUCCCCGGCCAUUCGAAACGCUACGAGAUUUCUAUGCUCGAACUUCGGUGCAGUGGCAAGAGAUAAUCAUGGCAGAGCCGGGGAAUCAAAAUUCCGAUGCACAAAGUGUUAAGGAAGUUAGAAAGAAGGCUUUCGAUCGUGCUGAAGACAAAUGGUGGGACUGCAGAGAAGAGAUACGCGCUCUCGAAGACGAGCAAAUAGAAGCAGGAAUUGGAGACGUUGUAAGUCUAGCUGAAAAGGCACAGGCGGGCCCUGGGGCAGGGAGAAGAAGAUGAGAGAAGGGAGAGGUAGCGAGAACGACGGAUAUUGAAUGGAAACGAAGUCAUAAAAUACAUGGAGGAUCAUCAUACGCGCUGUGAAUUACGCCCAUACAAAAUAAGGAUGAAUACCUAUUAUAUC